AUGAUUAUAACUAUAGAAAUAGGGUGUGUUGAGGAUAUAAAUAUAAGGGAUAUUAAUUUUUAUAUUAUUUUGAUAGUUCUUCUUUUAAUUUUUUGCUUUUUGCUUCAAAAUUUAAUUGGGUUUUAUUUAUUUUUUGAAAGAGUUUUGUUUCCUAUUGUUAUAUUAAUUAGGGGUUGGGGAUACCAGCCUGAACGUCUUCAGGCUGGUAUUUAUAUACUAGUUUAUACACUUUUUGGUUCACUCCCUUUAUUUUUGUUUUUUUUAUUCUAUAGAGAAAGAUUAAGAAUUUUUUAUAUUUAUUGAAUAAAUUAUAGAUUAUCAAUAGUGAUAGUGCAUAGGAGUUUAGGAUUUUUAGUAAAAAUACCAAUAUUUUUUGUUCCUGUUUGACUCCCAAAGGCUCAUGUUGAAGCUCCGGUAGCUGGAUCUAUGAUUUUGGCUGGUGUGUUAUUAAAAUUAGGAAUUUAUGGACUUCUUCGAAUUAAAUUUUUAAUUAAUAAUUUUAAUAGAUUUAGUUUUCUGAUUAUGAGAGUUGUUUUGAUUGGCGGUUUAAUAAUUAGAUUAAUUUGUUUAUGUCAGGUUGAUGUUAAGGCACUGAUUGCAUAUUCUUCUGUAUGUCAUAUGGGUAUGGUUUUAGGAGGUCUUAUGAGUAUAACUGGUUGAGGGUUGAUUGGAAGUUUAGCUAUAAUGAUUGGUCAUGGUCUUUGCUCAUCAGGGUUAUUUUGUUUAGCAAAUAUGUACUAUGAACGGUUCUACACUCGUAGAAUAAUUCUUUUAAAAGGUUUAGGAAGAGUAUUUCCAUUUUUAGGAUUGUGAUGAUUUUUAUUUAGAAUUAUUAAUAUAGCAGCCCCUCCUUCUAUAAAUUUAGGUGGAGAGUUACUAUUAAUAGGUGGUAUUAUAAAGUGGAGAUUAAUAGUAAUAGUUCCUUUAGGUUUAAUAUCUUUUUUUAGUGCAGGGUAUUCUUUGUAUAUAUUUAGUUAUUUAAAUCAUGGGAAAGGAUGGGUGGUAUAUGGUGUGUUUAUAAUUUCAAUUCGAGAAAUAUAUCUAUUAUUUCUUCAUUUAAUUCCCCUAUUAUUGUGAAUUUUGAAAAUGGAGAUAUUUAUAAUUUGGUUUUA